AUGCCUAUUUAUUACUCUCGGCUAUAUGCCGCGGUCGAAUUAGACUUCCAAUCCGACAGGAUCAAACAGUUGCCAAACAUCAGAGCUAUCGAACUGCACUUCAGCGAGAAAUGCAAAGGCCGGUGGUCCAAUCUUCACAACCCGUGGAACGACGUUGAGCCUAGCGAGACCCGACUAGACACACUCAAGGCAGUUUUCGAGGCCAUUCGGGAACGUGCAGUUCAGCCUAAUACCGAAGUCAGCACAAUUCAGUCCUUGACGAUUCGUAACCUCCAAAACAUCCCGCAUCAAGAAUUCGUCAACUCUGGUCUUUUCAAAGACGUCGCCAAGGACAUCGAUCGUCUUCACCUGUUGAUUACAGAUGAGUAUAAUGAACACGGCCCAGACCGCGACAUAUUCAUGGAAGAGCGCCUGGAGUUUGAGAGCCAUCUGCAGCGACAGUUUCUUCCUUGCUUCGCGGCCAAUCUCACCGCUCUGACCUUGAACUUCCACAAGUGUUGGGGCACCAUGCCGGGAUACUUCGACGGGGCAGGCCUAGUGUUCCCUCGCCUAAAGACGCUGAAUCUGGGAAACUUUGUCAUCAGCAACAACCGUCAUUUUGACUGGGUUCUCUCACAGAAAUCGCUUGAAACUUUGCGUCUGGACAGCUGUCGUAUUGUUUCUCACAUUCAGGUUGACACCGAGGAAACCAAGGAGUGGGAUCUUCACAGGGAAGAUUGGCAGCGUCUGCCCAAAGGCUCGUACGGCAUAUUUUAUGACAAUGCCGAACUCUACAGGUUCGAUGGCACGUGGGAGUCUACUUUCGAUAAGAUCCGGAACAACCUUCCCCACCUCAAGGACUUUCUCUUUGAUAGGCAGUCUUACAGACUUCACUUUCUCCAUCCUACGAGGAUCGGCACCGUGCUGCACCCGAGUCGAUACAUCAACUUCGACGCAGGAACCGGUCCUAGUCCAUGGUUGACUUCAGAUAGUGAGACUGGUGAGAUGUACUUUGGAGAUUACGAGUGUUCUAUGAACCGUUCCGAAGAAACAAAGCAGGGCGACGCCAGAGCGUUCAGAGAUCUUCUCAGUGCCUGCCAUGAGAGGCAUGAGUAG